AUGAAGCGGGUGUUCAUGAAAACUGGAGUAGGCCUAAGAAAAUGAAGGGAAAAGGUCAAAUAAACUUAGCGUUGUGUUCUGUAGCUCUCCUGCAAAGCCAGACCUACUGUUCACAACGAUGUUGUUGUUCAAGUUGGCUUGAUCUUGCCUACUUAUUCUUCCCUCACCGAAGGUUAUGGCCGAUUGUUAUCUUCCAAGGUCCUAGAAAAUAAGGUAUUUUUGUCUUAAAUUAAAUUAUCUAUGGCCUUUGGGCUGUCUGAAAAAACAUUUCUUCUCACAUUGGAACAUGGACAAAGCACUGUUCUCCCAAGACCUCCCCUUGUCCAAGUCUGGUCAUUCCCUGGGGAGUGUUGCAGACAAAACUUUAAUAUCAUUCCAUUCCAUGUGAAUGAUGUAAUCUGUUGAUGAAAAAGGAUAUUCUACAUCAAAAUAUAUGUUCAGCAACUGUGCUAUAAAGGGAAAUGUGGAUGGAUGUGUAACCAAGCCAGUGCAGCACAGCUCAGCUUGGAUUGGCUCGGGCUCAGUAUUGUGAAUCAACCCUAUUUCUCUCCAUGUGUUUCAUGUCCCUUUCCAUCUCUAUCUUCCCCUACAACAGACAUACAUCGGCUCCAUCCUGGCUGCGGUGAACCCGUACCAGUCCAUCCCUGAACUGUACGACCGGACGGCAGUGGAGAAGUACAGCCGACACCACCUGGGCGAGAUUGCCCCGCACAUCUAUGCCGUGGCAAACGAGUGUUAUUGCUCCCUAUGGAAGAGACUGCAGAACCAGUGUGUGUUAAUCAGGUGAGUGAUGAUCGUGAUGAGUGGUUGUUUUGCUGACUUUAUUUGAAUACACUGAUUGUAAGUCACUCAGGGUAAAAGCAUAUGCUAUGAGAAACACUAAAUGACUUAAAUGAUGUGAGGUCAUUUGAAGAAAAAUGAAUGAGAAACGUGAUUGGGUAGUCUGCCGUCAGGUGAGAGAAUGUAGAGAACUCAUUGGCUUGUCAUUUUGUGAGAUGCAAUUGGUGGGCAACUUUAUGGCCUUUGGCAUCCACAGCGAUCCAAUUCAAUUUCAAGUCUCAGUCUUGGUGCUAUUGGCUCCUUCUCGGAGGGUCCUAGCCCCCCCCCCCCCCACCUCGUUUCAAUCUCCAUGCUCCUUUGGUUCCUCUAGUUCCUCUCGAACAUCCUUCCUCUGCGAUUGUAGUCGGCCAACUUUCUCAUCCGGCCUUGCGCUAUUGUCUUCAGACAUACAGACAGACAGGCACUGUUCUCAUCGCCCACAUCAAACACACAGAGUUAUUUUUACCGUUUUGGAAUGAUAAUAUUCAGUCCACAUUUAGCUGAGAGAGUGGAUGCCAAAAUACUUUUUUCUCGGUUAGAUAUGCUGUCUUAUUCUUAGCUUUGCAGAGUGAGCAGCUCACUCUGCACCCGCUGUCAAUGCGGAGUUUGAAAAGAAUGGGAUAGAAUAGAAAGACAUUUACAUUUUAGUCAUUUAGCAGAUGCUCUUAUCCAGAUCGAAUUACAGUUAGUGAGUGCAUACAUUUUCAUACUGGCCCCCCGUGGGAAACGAACCCACAACCCUGGUGUUGCAAGCGCCAUGCUCUACCAUCUGAGCUACAGGGGAGCAGAGAUGCCAAUAAGUGUAUUAGAGCAGAAGUAUAAGAGAAUGGUCCCGUUCAAUAGGCUCAAAUGAGAGAGCUAUUACCUGAAUUUGUCCAAUAAGAACACUCAUUUUGGUUUUCAGUUUCAGAAUGUUUUUCCGUUUCAUGCCUACUUAA